AUGCCAUGUUAUGCAGAUACUAUCGUUAAGAUUAACUACGUAAAGCAGAAUGUUAGUUCUAAAGAUCCUAAUUUGUUGGUUAUGUGGGCUCUUGGGUCUUAUUCUGUUAAACGUGACGAUUACUAUAUCAAGAUGACUUUAUUUGUGCCAUCUAAUUCAGAUGAUAGGGAUUCUGAGACCCAAGCUGUUUUUAUAAAAGAUAUAUUUUUUUUGGUCGGUGGAAAGAUAAUGCCUGGGUUUUUUGAAGGGAAAAAAAGAGCAAAGAUGACUGAUUCAACUUCUACUUAUGUGAUGAUUCUUAAUAAAGUUGUUGGGUCGAAUAAAUAUCUAUUAAAAUUUUCACAUUUGAAAAGUAAUAUUCAGCCUCGAGAAUCACUUAUUUUUAUUGUUGGUCAAUUAGAAAUUAUUGGCAAUGAGCAUGGUGAUUCUCAGGUCUUUUUAUCUUCUAAAAAUUCUAUUCAGUCUAAACUUUUGGUUACUCAUCAUAACAUUGCUGAAAAGUCUAAAUUUAAGCCUGAACAUGAAGUUGGGUCUUCUGUAAUUUCUGGUGAUUCAGUCGACAAAAUUGAUUUAAAAAGUUCUAUUAGUUUUCAUGUAUUGAGAUAUGUGAGGGUUAAAGAUUGUGAUGAUUCUAGUGAGGAUUUUUGUUAUAAUGAAAAUGAAAUCUGUAACAAUUCUGGAGAGAAUUUUGAAGAGAAAUUUAAAAAAGAUGUUUCAUUGUCGCAGAGUGAUUAUAGGAGGUGUAAUAAUUCAAACAAUUCUUCUUCAUCAAAGCGGGCAUGCUUUGAUGAUUAUGGUGAAUUCGCUGGAGAGUUUUAA